AAUCCAAACUCACAAAGCAAUCCCUUCUCACUGAGAUCUAAGAAGGAAAAAAACAAAGCUCUUGCACUCAGCAUGAAUUUCCAAAAGCAAGACCUUGAUUUGGUUUUGGUCCCAAUUGGGUUGCUCAUAAUGUUUGGUUACCAUCUCUACCUCCUCUAUAGAUGCCUCAAUCUUCCUCACACCACUGUCAUUGGCUAUGAAAACAAUGACAAGAAAGCUUGGGUUGAGAGAAUUAUGCAGGCGGAUAAAAAGGAUGUUGAUGUAGCUCUUACAGUGCUAUCAUCCAAUACAUCCGCGGCAUCUUUCUUAGCAUCAGUGUCUCUAACUCUUAGCUCUCUCAUCGGAGCAUGGAUUUCGAACAAUCAAAACAUCUUCCAGAGUGAAUUCAUUUACGGCGACACCAGACAAUCCACCAUGUCCAUCAAGUACAUAAGCCUCCUCAUCUGCUUCCUCUUGGCCUUCUCAUGCUUUACGCAAUCAACAAGGUCCUUCAUUCUUGCAAACUAUCUAAUAAGUAUACCAGACAGUGACAUACCUGUCAGAAAUGUUGAAUUGGCUGUUAUUAGGGGUGGUGAUUUUUGGUCACUUGGACUUAGAUCACUCUAUUUUGCUAUUAAUUUGCUACUAUGGUUUUUUGGUCCAAUACCCAUGUUUGCUACCUCGGUUUCCAUGGUGAUUCUUCUCCAUUAUCUUGACACAAACACAGCCCCAUUGCAUCGACAUCGAUCUCAAUUGAAGCACAAGGUCAACACUCAACAUGGACAGCAGAUGAACUUUGUUAGGUAAGUUUCCAAGGCUUUAUCAAUAACUCAAUUGAUUAUGUUCAAUUGUUCAAAAUAAAUAUGAUCUCUGUGACUAUGUCCAUGGAUUAAUCAAAACCGUGUUCUUGU